ACUUGGAUCGCUCUGAUUGGCUGCUUCUGCUCCAAUCAGCAACUACAGCCGGAGCUCUCCGCACAUUCAGUCUGAUUUAACGCACUCACAUAGCGGAGCACGGAGCCUUUAGGACAGAUUGGUUCAACCUUGCUCUCUGGUUCCUCUGUACAUCUCAUCGCCUUGGGGACUGGUUGGCAUCAGAGAACCUGAGGAUCCAUAAGGCCUUCCUCCCCAGAUGUAGAGGGACUUUCUAUCAUUACAACUGUGUACAAGACUCUUGUGCUGUCCAGUGAAGUCGCCCACCAUGCGUGAGUACAAGCUAGUCGUGCUUGGAUCAGGAGGUGUGGGGAAAUCUGCGCUGACAGUCCAGUUUGUUCAAGGCAUUUUUGUGGAGAAGUAUGACCCUACUAUAGAAGACUCUUACAGAAAGCAAGUUGAGGUGGAUGGGCAGCAAUGUAUGCUGGAAAUCCUGGACACCGCUGGAACAGAACAGUUCACAGCGAUGAGAGACCUGUACAUGAAGAACGGGCAAGGCUUUGCUUUGGUGUACUCCAUUACAGCACAGUCAACAUUUAACGACCUACAAGACCUGCGGGAACAAAUCCUGCGAGUAAAGGACACCGAGGAUGUUCCGAUGAUCCUGGUGGGGAAUAAAUGUGACCUGGAGGACGAGCGCGUGGUCGGGAAGGAGCAAGGCCAGAACCUGGCCCGGCAGUGGAACAACUGUGCCUUUUUAGAGACUUCAGCUAAAUCAAAGAUCAAUGUUAACGAGAUUUUCUAUGAUCUGGUGCGACAGAUCAACAGGAAAACGCCGAUGGAAAAGAAGAAGACAAAAAAGAAGUCGGGUUGCACGCUGCUCUAAAAACGCUCUCCCACGGUUGCUCCAGGCCAGAAUGAUGAACUGUUUCCCGGUGGAUGGUGCCAGCAUUCCAAGUCCUCUCCAGAGCAUUUUUGAAAAAGGCUGACUCAGAAAACCACACCACUUGCAAAACAGCGGAAGGCACAUACUUUAAAGAAAAAAUGUUUUGCUUUUUACUGGCAGAGAAAAUCAACCUCUUCUUGUAUUGUCAAGCCUGACGACAAAAUAUAUUUUUCUUCUUUUUUCUUUUUUUUUUCUCCAAGGUGUCUUCUUCUGGAAAUAACAAAGUAAAAGAGGAAACUGUGGAUUUGAAUCCAUUUAAGGGAACUAAUGAGAAUUUUAUUAUGAGUAACAACAGUCUUUGGCAUAUUGUGACGAUAUAUUUGUAAAGGAAUCCAUGUAAAAAUGUUGAUCUUCUUGUACAAUUCUGCACUAACAUUGUCAAUGAAGAUGCAUCAUUGUCCAUAAGUUACUCGCUCCUACUUACAAGGAUGUGUAUUAAUAACAUCUCUCCUAAGUGACUUUGUUUUAUAUUGAAAGCUGCAAGCCUUCCAUAUUUCCCAUAAUAUAUUCUACUUCCAUUUUUGCAUAAUAAAGUUAAGGAAAUUAGUAUUUUAUAGACCGAUGGGGGUAARGGUGCGCUCUGAUUUGUGUCGAGGUUGAAAACGUAUUGUACUAAACCACCUCUAAUACUGCUUCUUCUUACCCUGUCAGAUGAUUUUUCCAGCUUUUAUGAAUGAUUAAAUUUUAGUACAUUUUCAUUA